AUGAAGGCUGGACCCAGCCUCAGGGAAAACGCUGCCGAACAGCUACAAUCCAAACGACUCAAUCAACUACUUGAUUCAACUCCGUUCUCUGGAUCGACUUCACAAGAGGUCUCAGACUGGAUUGACGACUUUAGCUUCAAAUGUGAUCAACUCCAACUAGACGAUGCUCAACGGCUAUCGGUGGUUAUUGAUCUCCUAAAGGGCAAUGCUAAACUAUGGUACGACACACACAAAGAUACAAUUGAUAAUUGGGACACACUAAAAAACAAAUUAAUGACUUACUUUACACUUGUAACUGGUACCGAUCACUUUCAAUUAGAACAAAAACUCUAUAAUCGACGGCGACAACCAAAUGAGUUGGCAAUUGCCUACUGCCACAAUGUCCUUAAACUCUGUUCAAAAGUUAAUAAAUACAUGGAUGAGGAAACUCGACUCAAACAUCUUACGAAAGGGCUCAAUGCAGCAGCUCAACUACAUAUGGAUUUAAAAAGCCCGGACACUACUGAAGAUCCAAGCUCGUAUCAAGUAUGA